AAACAUUUCCUCUCUCUCUCUCUCUCUCUCUCUCUCUUAGCAUCAGCCCCUGGAGGAGGUGAAGGAAACUAUUUCUUCCUUCAUUUCGCCUCUGCUGCUGAUGCUAGGAUAAAGAUCCAGAAAUAUUGCUGGGAUGGCUGUCAGCUUUAAAUAUUGGGAAGACUGUGUUGAUUCCCAUGACUUGGAAGAAAUGUGGAGCAGUCCUUGUGUAACUGCUGAAUGGUUAGAUGCUGGAGAGAGCAGAGGACAGAAAGUUCAUCUCUCGCGCGAUCCCGAUGGACAGCCUUUUCUGACACAGACUGAGAUGAAGAUUGUGGCUGAGAUCACCAUCCGCAGGCACUUUGCUAACCAAAUAGAUCCCGAUAUGAUUCGUGCUAUUUCUGAACUUGAAAGUGAUAGACAGCCCCUUGCUACCCGGUAUGAUAAAAAAACUAAGUCCACCACUGCAGGGAUCAUGCAACUUUUACCAGAAACUGCUGACUGGCUGGCUAGUGAUAUGGGCUACCAGGCAUAUGCAGUGCAAGGGAAUCCAGAUCUUCUCUUCAAGCCUUUUGUAAACGUAUAUUUUGGUGCUGCUUAUCUUAAAUGGUUAUCAAGCUAUGAUCAACAAGAAAGAAGUGAAGAAUAUGUAGUUAGGGCAUAUAAAGGUGGUACCAAAAAGGCAACUCACAAAUCAACUUUGAAAUAUUGGCAACGGUAUCUUUCAGUCAAGGAAAGUCUUCCAUCCAGAAAAAGUUUUGAAGGCUGUCCAUCUCCAAAUGAGGUUUCUACUUCAGCAGCCCCUCAUGCUCAUGCUCCUCCUCAUGCUCAUGCUGCACCACCCGCACCACACAACGCAGGUCAUCAUAUUUACUGGGACUCCAGAGCUUCUCCAGAAGACAUGGCAGAAAUGUGGAAUCAUGAAGACGUCGCUAGAGAGUGGACCAAAACUGGAGAGAAAAGGGGAAAAGUACGAUUCUCCCUUGAUGACAAGAAAAGACCAUACCUUUCUCGUGUAGAACUGAAGGCAGUUGCAGAUAUCGUACUCACAAAACACUUUAAUACAAAGCCAAUCAAAGCUUCAGUUCUUGGUGCUCUUGCAGAGGUUAUUAGUUUGCGUUUCUUGAAUGGCGUUGGACCACGUACUGGAAUAAUGGGAAUCGACUAUUCUACAGCUUUAUGGCUUUACAAGGAGAUGGGCUUUAAGGCAUACACAAUUCAUUCCGCUGAUGAUCUUUCCAUGCCAUUUGUGUCAAUGUACUUUGGUGCAGCCUAUUUAGUAUGGUUAGUGGAGUAUGAAGGAAGGUCAAGAACUCCAGAGUUUGUUGUUCAGGCUUAUAUCCUGGGACCAAAGAAUGUGAAUCUUGAAGAUUCAGGUCCACAGUGGCUCAAGUUUGAGGAAGCCUUGGGCAAGUACGAAGACACGAAGAAGCUUAAGGAUCAAGGGAGCUGCACUAUCAUGUAAGCUGACAAAAACCACCUUGCCACCUUUGAUGACAAGGGGUUGCAUCCUUUGCAUCAAGUGAGAGCAUUCUUGAAAAACUCAAAUGAAUUGAGUGAAUGCUGUUACUUGGUUCUCAUGUAGAAUUGCUUUUGUAAUAUUUUUGAAGAGUUUUACUCUUCUUUCUGUAUUUUUUCGCGAAAACUGUGUGAGCUGAAGUACAAAAGAUAGCACUUUUAAGCGUCUGCUUUCUCAAAAGGCAGAUAGUUCUGCUUCA